ACUUCAACCCGACCAGUCACGCCAAUUUUUUUCCUCUUCCUUGGCAGGCGCAAUAAACCUUCCAGAAACGAGCGGAAAAGCGUCCCCAAUCCAGCCAACACACGCAGACGCACCGGCGAGGCAGACAGGCAGGCAGAUCAGCCGCACCUCCCCCAGUUCCCCGCCCCACCUACGACGACUGCCGCGGCCGAAUCAAAACAGCUUCCUCCUCCCGGCGUCGACUCCGCGCGCGGAGGCUCCGAUCCAUUCCGCCGCCCCGUAGGGUUUUGCUCCCCCGAUCCGGGCGCCAGAUCUCGCGUGGCGACACGCGGAUCUGGGGUUUCUCUAGCGGCGGCGGCGGCGGCCGGAGCAGGAGGAGAUGGCGCUCUCGGGGAUGCGGGGGCUCUCCGUCUUCAUCAGCGACAUACGCAACUGCCACAACAAGGAGCAGGAGCGCCUCCGCGUCGACAAGGAGCUCGGCAACAUCCGCACGCGGUUCAAAAACGAGAAGGGCUUAUCACCAUACGAGAAGAAAAAAUAUGUAUGGAAAAUGCUUUACAUUUAUAUGCUGGGUUAUGAUGUUGAUUUUGGGCAUAUGGAAACUGUCUCGUUGAUAUCUGCACCAAAGUAUCCUGAGAAGCAGGUUGGUUAUAUUGUGACAUCUUGCUUACUGAAUGAGAACAAUGAUUUCUUAAGAAUGGUAAUAAAUACAGUACGGAAUGACAUAAUCGGACGAAAUGAGACUUUCCAGUGCUUAGCAUUGACAAUGGUAGGUAACAUUGGUGGGAAAGAAUUUUCUGAGUCACUAGCCCCAGAUGUCCAGAAACUUCUUAUUUCAAGUAGUUGCCGUCCUGUUGUCAGAAAGAAGGCUGCUCUAUGCCUUCUGCGGCUUUAUAGGAAGAAUCCUGAUGUUGUGAAUAUUGAUGGCUGGGCGGAUCGAAUGGCACAACUUCUAGAUGAACGUGAUCUAGGUGUGCUGACAUCUGUCAUGAGUCUUUUUGUUUCACUAGUAUCCAACAAUGCUGAAGCAUAUUGGAAUUGUCUUCCAAAAUGUGUAAGAAUAUUGGAGAGGUUAGCAAGAAAUCAAGAUAUUCCACAAGAGUACACUUACUACGGAAUUCCAUCCCCUUGGCUUCAGGUAAAGACAAUGAGAGCUCUUCAGUACUUCCCUACCAUUGAAGAUCCCAACGCAAGACGAGCUUUGUUUGAGGUCUUACAGCGCAUUUUGAUGGGUACUGAUGUUGUUAAAAACGUUAACAAGAACAAUGCCUCACAUGCUGUUCUCUUUGAAGCUCUUGCUCUGGUCAUGCAUCUGGAUGCUGAAAAGGAGAUGAUGUCACAGUGUGUGGCUCUUCUUGGGAAGUUUAUUGCAGUCCGGGAGCCAAACAUUCGGUACCUUGGUCUGGAAAACAUGACUAGGAUGCUGUUAGUAACAGAUGUGCAGGAUAUCAUUAAAAGGCACCAGGCUCAGAUCAUUACAUCUUUGAAGGACCCAGAUAUCAGCAUUAGACGGAGGGCUCUUGAUUUAUUAUAUGGCAUGUGUGAUGUUACAAAUGCAAAGGAAAUUGUUGAGGAGUUAUUGCAGUACCUUAAUACAGCUGAAUUUGCAAUGCGUGAAGAGUUGUCUCUGAAGGCAGCUAUACUUGCAGAAAAAUUUGCUCCAGAACUAUUGUGGUAUGUUGAUGUUAUUCUUCAGCUUAUAGACAAAGCUGGAGAUUUUGUAAGUGAUGAUAUAUGGUAUCGAGUGGUACAAUUUGUCACGAACAAUGAAGAUCUACAGGUUUGUGUAUAUAUCUACUUGAACAAAAUCAUCUCAACUUCGUUUGGUGAAUUUAUGGUUCAUUUUUUGCAACUGUAUCAGUCAUAUGCUGCAGCUAAAGCGAGAGAAUAUCUUGACAAGCCUGCUUUACAUGAGACGAUGGUCAAGGUGAGUGCCUACCUUCUUGGGGAGUAUGGCCAUCUUUUGGCCCGGAGACCUGGCUGUAGCCCUAAGGAAUUGUUUGCUAUUAUAAAUGAUAAACUUCCGACAGUAUCGACAAGUACCGUAGCUAUUCUUCUCUCAACCUAUGCCAAGAUAUUGAUGCACACUCAGCCUCCUGAUGUUGGACUGCAGCAACAAAUCCUCACAAUAUUUAAAAAGUAUGAGAGUUAUAUUGAUGUUGAAAUACAACAGAGAGCAGUUGAAUAUUUUGAACUAAGCAGGAAAGGCCCUGCUUUGGCAGAUGUGUUGGCUGAAAUGCCAAAAUUCCCUGAACGUGAGUCUGCGCUGUUGAAGAAGGCUGAAGAUGCUGAAAUUGACACAGCAGAGCAAAGUGCUAUAAAGCUACGUAGUCAGCAACAAACUUCCAGUGCUCUUGUUGUAGCUGAUCACCCCCCUGCAAAUGGAUCUGCACCACCAGCUAAUCAUCUCACUCUUGUGAAGAUGCCAAGCCAAACUGUUUCUGACACUCAGGAGAGUGGAGUAAUUUAUGAAGAGGCUCCCAAGCCUCCCGUUGAAGCUCCCAAAGAAAAUGGGACUCCCGUCGAAGUGGAGAGCAGGGACACAAACAUUACUGAAAUCAACAAUGAGAUUAAAGCUGAACCUCCCUCUACAUCUCAUUCUACUUCUCCCGCAGACCUCCUGGCAGAUCUUUUGGGUCCUCUUGCGAUAGAGGGCCCUCCUGCUGUAGAGCAAAAUCCUGCCCAAGGAUUGAAUGCUAAUCAAAGUCCAGUUGAUGACUUGGCACUUGCUACCCUUGAGGAUCAGUCCAACUCAGUUCAGCCAACUGUCAACGUCGAGGAAAAGUUUCACAUAUUGUGCACAAAAGAUAGCGGAGUGCUGUAUGAGGAUCCUCACAUUCAGAUUGGUUUGAAAGCGGAGUGGCGUGCCCAUCAUGGCCGUCUUAUUCUUUUCCUGGGUAACAAAAAUACUUCAGCCCUUACGUCAGUGCGGGCGCUGAUUUUGCCUCCUGGUCAUUUGAAAAUGGAACUUUCGUCAGUUCCCGAUACUAUUCCUCCAAGAGCACAGGUGCAAGUUCCACUUGAGGUUGCGAAUCUCCGUGCAAGUAGAGAUGUUGCGGUUCUAGAUUUCUCAUAUACUUUUGGAACUUUGGUGGAUGCCAAACUUCGACUCCCUGUUGUAUUGAAUAAAUUUUUGCAGCCUAUAACUCUUACCCCUGAAGAAUUUUUCCCCCAGUGGAAAGCGCUGACUGUUCAUUCGCUGAAGGUUCAAGAAGUGGUUAAAGGUGUGAAACCAAUGCCUCUUUCUGAGAUGGCUAAUCUUUUCAUGAGCCUUCACUUGGCUGUCGCCCCCGGACUUGAUAACAACCCAAACAAUCUGGUUGCAUGCACAACAUUCUUUUCUGAAGCAACGCGUGCCAUGCUUUGUCUGAUAAGAGUUGAAACAGAUCCACAAGACAGGACCCAACUGCGGCUAACAGUUGCCUCGGGCGACCAAUAUUUGACAUUCGAGUUGAAAGAGUUCGUCAAGGAACAUUUGAUUGGUAUCCCAAGGACUCAGGCUGCCCCACCUCGUGCACCGGUCCAGCCACAGUUGCCUGCUGCAGCACCUGCCACAUACAAUGACCCUGGUGCCAUGCUUGCUGGAUUGCUAUGAGAAGUAAAAAAAACAAAGCAAUAGUGUUGUGAUGUACAUGACAGUUGUUUAAUACGAGGAUCUAACAUCUCCACAAGCAUCUUGCUGCCAAGACGAACACGUGGAGCAACGAAAGGGCUGGCGGAGUAGUCUUCAGCUGGAUUCUGAACUGAGAAAGAGCUAGAUUCUUUGGGGGCGGUUUCAAGGCCCUUCCCCCUUCCCCUCCAUGGAGCAGUUGCCAUAUUGUGUAAGCGUAAUUUGUUGUUUCUCAUUAUCAUCCCCUUUUGGCCCAUUUGUAUAACUUGUAUUGCCCAGGUCUGGUGGUGGACAAUCGGUAGUUUUGCGUGUUAAUAUAAGGUGCUAGGUUUUCCACCAUGCCGAUUGUAAAGUUGCCUUUAGUGCGCAUUGCAUUACGAUUUGUACCAAUAAGGUCGGAAUAGGGAAAGGAAAUUAAUAGAGGUUUUGUUUUGUGCAUGUUUUA